AUGGCCCCACUUACUGCAGACGCCAAGCGCUUGAGGACGAUCAUCAUUUCGUUCCCCAUUCUCGUCGUCACCACCGCCAUCCUCUACCGCAGGACGUAUCUUGGUGAGGAGCAGCGCCGUAUCCCUGGACCCAACGAGGUUCAGCGUCCGGGCAAGGAUCCCAAGAGCAUUCUCGGCGACGGCACUCUGGGCGGCGCGCCUUGGGUCCCCGCUGGCGAGGAGGCGCAGAGGAGGUAG